CGCGCCCGCCCGCGCCGCUCCCGCCGGCCGCAGCUCGCGCGUGGCGGUGACGCGGCGGGGGGCGGUGCUCGGCGGCAGCGGCGCAAGAUGGCGGCCACCACGGGUGCGGGAGUAAAAGUUCCUCGUAAUUUUCGUCUGUUAGAAGAACUUGAAGAAGGGCAGAAAGGGGUAGGCGACGGAACAGUUAGCUGGGGCCUUGAAGAUGAUGAAGACAUGACACUUACAAGAUGGACAGGAAUGAUUAUUGGACCUCCAAGAACAAUUUAUGAAAACAGAAUAUACAGCCUUAAAAUAGAAUGUGGGCCUAAGUAUCCAGAAGCACCUCCAUUUGUAAGAUUUGUAACAAAAAUUAAUAUGAAUGGAGUAAAUAGUUCUAAUGGAGUGGUGGACCCCAGAGCCAUAUCAGUCCUAGCAAAAUGGCAGAAUUCUUAUAGUAUCAAAGUUGUUCUGCAAGAGCUUCGGCGUCUAAUGAUGUCUAAAGAAAAUAUGAAACUUCCUCAGCCACCUGAAGGACAAUGUUACAGCAAUUAAUUAAAAAAAAAACCCAUGCCCCCCUUAUUCAAUUUAAGCUGUCUUCAUUUUCCACAGUAGUAAAUUUUCUAGGUGCAUCUUGUAGACCUCAAAAUACUGGAAAGGAAGUUCCCCGUCAAAGGAAGUUUUUCUUGAGAUACUGUAAAUGAUACUAAUUUUUUUUUUUUCAUUUGAAAUAUAAGUUGUGCUGUAACAAAUAAUCCUGUCGUGUAACCACUGUCCACAUAGCUGAACUUCUGGUAUCAGGAAAAGUCUAUUUAAAUUUAUUACUGUCAAGACCAGUGUGGCACAUCUAACUUAACUGUGAAAGCAUACAUCCCACAAUCACCUUGCUGUGUGUCUGGCCUGUUUUGGUUUUUUUCUUUUUUCUGUCUUUUGCAAUAGAGUCGAAGCUCAGGGCUAUUUAUUAGAGUAGACACAAAGGUUUUUGCUUCCAGUACUACACUGGGCUUUAUGGACUACUAAUGGGGAUGUGUGCUAACCUCAGUCAUCCCUCCCUUUGUGCUAUCUCUAGUAAAGGCUGAAUGUGACUGUGGUCAUUUUUGGGGUUUUAUUAUUUUUUUUAAAUGCCCUGAUAAUCUGGGGCAAGCUUUCCUUCUUCCCUUUGGCCAAGGCAUAGAUUGUAUUUCUCUUCCUGGUCCCCCUCACCAGUGACGUGGGCUUUGGGUGAGGGAUUCAGGGUUCUUUUAAUCUCUUCCCUCUUCCCCUCUUUUUAGUGGGGGUGCUGCUUUCUUUUUGCCCCUCUUUGUGACUUUUCUCACCCCUGGCCACCAGGGGUAAGCCUUGGGGCAAUAACUUGACCUGUUUCCUCCUGCUUAUCAUUUUGGUUUUGCAACAGUCUUCACCAGCCUGGGAAACAAGAGUAUCUAUUCUGCUCGCAAACUUGGGUUUUCCCUGUCCCUCCAGCACUGCUGCCACAUCGCCAAGCUGGCCACGGCUGAUGUUAUUAGAUAGGCUUUUGACAUGGUGAAAAGAGCAGUAAUUUACCAGGAUUGCUGAAAUCUUCUGCUGCCAAACUUUAAUGGGGAAACUCAGUAUGUUGAGACUCUGAACACACACACACUCCAGCUCUGAUAGUUGUGUUUUGGUACUUUGGAUUGACCCAAGAAUGUUAACUAAUGAAAUGUUGCACUUAUGUUUGGCUCUUCUAAAGAUGUGAUGAGUACAGAAAAAUCAAAUCAAUAUAGUAGAUUUUAUUAGAGUUCUGUCAGUCUUGGAAGAGAAAUCUCUUCAGUGAAGAUUUUGGGGGAAAGGUGCAUACAGCAGAUUAAGGACCUUAAUUGGCUUUGCAUCCUGGCAAAUCACUGCCUUUUCUGGUUUACUGUUUUGGACCACUAACUGCUGACAUGUGGAUGCAAGCUUACAUACAACCAACCUAGUGUGUCCUAAGUUUUAUGACAAAGUUGGUGUUUGUGUAAAAAAAAGAAAAAAAGGAAAAAAAAGGAAAAAGUAAAAAUAAACACAUUUUAAAGCAGCAGCUAUCAAGUCAAUGAACAAUUGAUGUUUCCAUUAACUCUUUUGAGGAAAAUAUUAGUUGUAAGGAUUUAACAUCCUCUGUAAUUAAAGUUUAACAUAACAGUAUUCCAUAAGCAGCCUUUUUAUUGUAUCAGACCAUUGCCUGAUUUUAAUAUAAUAAAAAGUGUGCAUUAAUAUUAGAAGGCUUUAAUUGUAUUUAUGUUUAGAAUUUUAAUCCCUUAUGGAAUUCUUGAUUUGUUGGAAGUAUCUUCCUACAGAUCGCAUUUACCUAACAGUAUGUAACCUGUGGUGAAAGGCAAUUGUCUUUAUCCAGCUGCUGCUGCUGUGCCAGGAGGCUCUUUAGUUUUAGUUUAAACCUCAGACUUGCUUAGGCUUGGCAGUUGGUAGUGUUACAUGAUUCUAAGGAACUGAUGAAGGGAAUUUGUAGAUCCACGUGCUGUCUGAAGGUGCUCUGUCAUUGCAGUGGCCUUUAUGUGUGUCCUGAGGAAAGCAAAUCCCCCUACAAUUGCAUGUUAACGCUGUCUGUCUAGUGCAAGGAGAAUUUCACAACCUGAAAUUUUACUUGUUUUCCCUCAAAUAGUGAAUUGUAAAAAGCCGACCUUCUCUCCAAAUCUGGAUCAAAACAGGGCUGUGAAUUUUUGGCUUUUUUCAAGUGUAAAGCAUCUCCACUUCAGAAGAUUGCCAGAAGGUACUCAUUUGCUUACUUCAGCAUUGUGGUGAAACAAGGUUCUUCCUGGGUUAGGAAUGAAAAAGGGAAUGACCUUUUGUGAAACCUGCUGCUGGCUUCUAGCCUGGAACACUGCACAGUCCUUUGGUAGCUCGGAGGGUAUCUAUGAAGACAAUGCAACUAAUACUUUGUCAGCAUUGUGUGUGUGUGUGUUUAUUUAAAAUAGCUUGAUAUCUAAA